AUGGCGCAUCCCAAUCCCACCCCAUCCAUUGAGGUACAAAAUCUCUCGUACAAGUUCCAAGAUGGCUCUAGUGGCCUGGAGAACGUGAGCCUGAACCUACCACCUGGAAGUCGCACACUACUGAUCGGCGGUGAGUCAAAUCUAUCAAUGUAUCCCCAUUCCAGACAAAUCUCCAUUCCAGACAAAUCUCGAAAACUGACUGACCCAAACGCAGCAAAUGGAGCGGGGAAGACCACCCUCCUCCGCCUCCUAUCAGGGAAGCGCCUUGCACCCAAUAACACAAUCGCCAUAGGUGGCAAGGACCCCUUCAAGGACACCCUAGACGGUGUGACCUACCUAGGAGUCGAGUGGGUGUUGAACAGCAUCGUCCGCACAGACAUCGAUGUGCCGACGCUGCUCGCCUCCGUCGGCGGAGAUGCCUACCCAGAGCGCCGGGACGAGCUGAUCGAUAUCCUCGAUGUCGAUCUGCGCUGGCGUAUGCAUGCCGUCUCGGACGGAGAACGCCGUCGCGUGCAGCUGGCCAUGGGCUUGUUGCGGCCCUGGCAGGUUCUGCUGCUCGAUGAGAUCACUGUCGACUUGGACCUUUUGUCCAGGAGCAAUUUCCUGGCUUUCCUAAAGCGGGAGACUGAGACCCGUGCCUGCACUAUUGUUUAUGCUACUCAUAUCUUGGAUAACCUCGCCCAGUGGCCUACCCAUUUGGCUCACAUGCACUUGGGCAAGGUCAAGGCGUUGGGUAGUGUGGAGUCGUUCCAUGAAGAAGUCCCUGAGUGGACCUCGGAGAAUAGUCGCCUUGGAGAGCUGGUUCUCAAGUGGCUCAAGGAGGAUAUGCAGCUCAGAGGUCCCCGGAAUGGCCGUGGUAAUCAGGCCAAGACCUAUCAGUCCCUUGAAGGUAUUGGAGGCUACGGACUGGAAAAGCACGACUGA